CUAAAACCCAGCCAGAAAACAACAACAAACAUUGGAAGGACUGAAUGGACCGGAUCCUCAGAUUGCUGAAGGGAGAACAUAUCCCGAUCUUUUCACUUCCGAGGGCCAUACCCUUCAACUUGAACCGCAAUGAGUAGCGGUUGGGUGGCGCCGGUGGCUCCCUUGGAUCCCAUGGAUCCGCAGGCUCCCAGUUGGUGCGAGGAUUGCGGGCGGGAUUUCCACUUCUACGGACUACUCGAGCGCCACCUGGUGGACAUUCACGGCGAGGAUGAGAUGCUCCAUUGUCCGACAUGCAGCACCAGCUUCAAACGCAAAAUGAACCUCGUGCUCCAUUGGCGAUCCACGUCACAUCGCGAAACCAAAAUGGUGGGUUGCGAUAUUUGUGACGCGUUCAAUCUGACCAAUGGUUUCCACACCGAUGAGGCUCUGGCCCAUCACACAGCCAAAGUUCACGGACCCCAUGUGUUGGUCAAUGCCAAAGAGCAAUCCGAAUACUUCUGUCCCAUCUGUCAAAAAAAGUUCAGUCAUCGGAAGGGCAUGAUCGAGCACUUGCAAGUGCUCCACGGCGAGCAUCUCUACGGCGACCUUCUCAAGGAGCAAGGCCACGUCAAGGCCGAGCUCUUAGACAAGCGUUUGUACCGUUGUGAGGACUGUAACAAGUCCUUCCGCGUCAAAUCCACCCUCAAUCGCCAUCGCGAGAAGUUCCACGACGACUACAGUCAUUGGUCCAAGAAUCCCAAUCGCGGCAAACCCGAGAACCAGCAAAUCGCCGCUCAGUACCUCCACCAGCAAGAGAAGACUUCCCCGCCCUCCAAGCCCGUCCCACCCCCGCCCAAGAAGGCCAAGACCACGGAUGGAUCGGUACGGUGUCCCACUUGCCAGCAAACCUUCUCGUCCUCGACCAUCCUCAAUGUCCAUUCCGAGAUGGUUCACAACCAAAGUGUCAGCGAGGAUCUGUGCCUCGAAGAGGAAGAUCUCGAGGUCAUCGAGGACGAUCACGAGCGGGAAACCGAGGUGAUUCACCCGCAGAUCUCGCAGCAGGGCCCGCAUUCACCCACCAAAGCCGGCCGUCGUUUGCAUGAACUCCUCACGAGACCCCGGACCCACAAUCAUCCCACCUCCUCGUCCCACUCUCGAUUGCAUGGGACGGCAACGGGCGAUCCACAUCAUACCGACUCCUCGAGCGAAGACGACGAGGAGCAUUUGUCACGGCGAUAUGCAGCUAAUCUGGUGGUUCGACGCACCUCCACGGGCGAGAAUGACACCGAAUGGAAAUCAAGUCUCAAAACCGUGUCCAUUGGGUCAGAUGGGGGCGUGGUGACUCGGACCUCCGCCCGUAUUCAGACCAAGCGGAGUCGAAGUGAAGAAGAGGCUUCCGAGGAGGACACAGCCAAGAAGGAGGAUUCCAAUUCCAAUCAAGAGAGUACGGAAGAGGAGGGUGAUCCACCUAAGACCAACAAAGAGAGUGAGGAGGGUGAAGAGGAGGGCUUAGAAGCCAAGAAGGAACGGAUUGUGCGCGAGCCCAUGGAAAGGAAUGAACCCUGCGAGCUUUGUGACCGCAAGUUUGUCAGCUACUUCAGCAUGAUGCGACACGUGGCAUUCACGCAUCGAGCCGAGAAAACGAGACGAUUAAUGAAACUCACCUUGGUCACUCCGGCUCAGUGAGGGAGUGAGCUCAUUUUGCGCUGGUUAUCAUCAAUAUCAAUAUCAUUUUCAUCGAUGUCAUAUUGUCGAUUGUUAACAUCAUUAUUCUGUCCUAUUAUUCUUUACGUAAGGGUGCAAUACUUGUGUAUGUAGAUUGUCUGAAAAUAAUACCCUCGGCGUGUACGAGGCAAAACUUGAUAGA